UCCUCCUCCUCUUCAGCAUCUUCAUUUCACUGCUGGGAGCAGCGCGACAUGACUUUAGACCGACACAUUUAAACGUAGCUUUUCCUCUCUUCUCAAUGAAUAUCCUUCAAAUGCCGACGAGGGAGCAUUAAGGAUAAGUGGUAAGCCCAGCUCAUUGGAAAGGUUCGCUUUGGAGUUCAUAAUGGGAUUACGCAUGAUGGGAACUCCACUUUACGCGUUUGCGUGCGUCUACUCUUUUGUUUUCUUCUUGCAAGCUGUGCAGUCUCAGACAAAUUCAGGGACCCAACAAGGAAAUAAUCAAAGAGCAUCUCUCCGGCAGACGCUACAGUGGUCACACAACGGCAAUGUCUUUAGCAUUUUAAGCCAGGGCUCGCAGUAUCAGCCACCGAGGCGCAAGGGCGCAUCUCAGCAGCAAGUGCAGGCGCGACCUGUCACCAUCAUUCGUGAUGGGGACGUGAGGCAUCCGGACCCUUCAAGUGACGUUGUGGCCCAGCAGCAGCAAGAGCAGCAGCCUCCCCGGCCGGGUGCCGAGCCGCGGAAGCCCCACGACCUCCCGUCCCCGCUCCAGCGGCUCGUGAGAGGCCACGACCACCGCCAGCAUCGCAACGAGCGCCUCGGUGAGCGCGCGGGGACGCAGAGGAGCAGCAACGGGACCCAGAAGAAGGAGGGCACUGUUAGUCCGCCUCUGCCCCGGAGAGAAGACAUGAUGGUCGCUGAUGAUCCCUACGACCCGUACAAGUCAAUUGAUGGAGAUAACCCGUAUUACAAUCAUUACGACGUUUACGAAAGACCGAGCAGGCGAUCGAACCCCGGACACGGCACAAGAUAUCACCAGUAUGGUCUACCUGAUUUGGUACCUGACCCAUACUACAUUCAAGCCUCUUCUUAUGCCCAGAGAGUCCCGAUGUACAGCCUGAGAUGUGCAGCUGAGGAGAACUGUUUGUCAAGCUCAGCCUAUUCAGCCAGCAUUCGAGACUACGACACCCGCAUGCUGCUGAGGUUCCCUCAGCGAGUAAAGAACCAGGGGACGGCAGACUUCCGCCCCAGCAGGCCACGUUACACCUGGGAGUGGCACAGCUGUCACCAGCACUUCCACAGCAUGGACGAGUUCAGCCACUACGAACUGCUGGAUGCCUCCACUCACCACUCGGUGGCCGAAGGCCACAAAGCCAGCUUCUGCCUGGAGGACACGUCCUGCGACUACGGCUACUACAGGCGAUUUGCCUGCACCUCACAUACCCAGGGCUUGAGCCCAGGAUGUUAUGAUACCUACAACGCGGACAUCGACUGCCAGUGGAUUGACAUCACAGAUGUGAAACCUGGAGACUAUAUUCUCAAGAUCAGUGUAAAUCCAAAUUAUCAUGUCCCAGAAUCAGACUACAGCAACAACGUUGUGCGCUGUAGCGUUCACUACACUGGCAACUACGCCUCUGUGUCAGGUUGUCAUAUGUCAUCGUAUUAGAUAACAUAACGUGACUCACAGGGACGCAGCAAAGAUGUUCUGUAAAUGGCGGUGCAGACGACUGCAUUCGAAAGCAUCUUCGGAGGAUUACAAAAUUGUGAUUUAAAACCUUUAAAUGCUCCCAAGUUAGAAACAAAUGGUAGGAAUCAUCUGAAUCAUUUCUUUUUGCUUGUUUUUCUUCAUACUGAUGAAGUAUGUUGUUAUCUAAUCUUUUCACAAGAAUAUUUGUAAUCUCUUACUUUUAUUGCAUUAUACUGUACGCUUGUGUUGUAUACCACUUGGAGGAUAGAUAAGGAAUAAAAUCCAUUACAUUUAGAAUCCAUAGUGUCCAAGUGUCCAGUUUAGUGUCACUUUAAAAUCCAUAUUCACAAUUUCAAAUGAAUCAGAUGUUAAGAAAAUGUAUUUAUAUGCAACAAAAGAAACUGUUUACUACAAAAAAUAUGUUGAAAAUGAAUUGAAUAAAAUGUGAUAUUGUAUCACUUUUUUGGGCCAACCA